AUGGGUUGUGGCUCAUCUAAUGGUAUUUAAGAACCUGCAAACAAAGGUAUAAACAAUGAUUAUAAUUAAUCAAGUUACUAAGAUAGAGGACACUAAAUUUGCUUAUUAAGGAUUUGUUACAGAGAAAAAAGGGAAAAUCACUGCUGACUACAGUUUAAUUUAACCAUGCCUUGGAAAAGGUAUUUAGAAUAUUAAUUAAAUUAAAGGGGCAUUUGGAGAAGUUUAUAGAGGAAUACACAAAGUUACAAAUUAAGUUAGAGCAAUUAAAUUGAUUAGGAAGAAAUUAAUGACAGAAGAAGAUUGUCUUAUGUUAACAAGAGAAGUUGAUAUAUUAAAAUAAUUGGUAUGUAAAAAAAUUAAUAUGAUUAGGAUCAUUUGAAUAUUAUUUCAAUUUAUGAGUUUUAUUAAGACUCUGAAUAUUUUUAUAUAGUAACAGAAUUAUGUUAAGGAGGUGAAUUAUUUGAUCGAAUAGUUUAAGAAAAGAACUUUUCAGAAAAAAAAGCUGCAGAAGUAAUGAAAUAGGUGUUAGGUGCUAUAACAUAUUGUCAUGAAAAAAAUAUUGUUCAUAGAGAUUUGAAACCUGAAAACAUACUUUAUGAAACCAAUAAUACUGAUUCCCUUAUCAAAAUAGCUGACUUUGGAACUAGUUAAAAGUUUAAUCCAGAUAAAAAGAUGGAUCAAAGAGUGGGUACACCAUAUUAUAUAGCUCCUGAGGUACUUGAUAGAAAGUAUAAUGAAAAAUGUGAUAUUUGGUCAUGUGGUGUUAUUCUAUAUAUAAUGUUAUGUGGAGGUAAUAUUAAUAUAUUUAUUAAAGCUCCUCCAUUUAAUGGUGAUGAUGAUUAUUAAAUUAUGGAAGCUGUUAGAAAAGGAGUAUUCAGAUUCAAAGAGCAGGAAUGGAAGAAAAUAUCAAAUGAGGCUAAAGAUCUUGUUAUGAAGAUGAUUGAGAAAGAUACAAAAAAGAGAAUUUCAGCAAAGGAUGCUAUGAAUCAUCCAUGGAUUCAAACAUAUUGUUAAAAAAGCGAAGAAGAUCUACCAUCUCUUACUGAAGCUUUAUCAAGAAUUAAAGCAUUCAGAGUAUUAAGAAAUUUUAAAUAUUUAGGUUGAAAAAAAAUUAUAGGAAGCAGCACUUAUGUUUAUGGUCAAUUUUAUAGCAACUAAAGAAGAGAAAAAAGACUUAUUAAAGUAAUUUUAGGCUUUGGAUACAAAUAACGAUGGGAGAUUAAGUAGAGAAGAAUUAAUAAAUGGAUACAAAAGGGUUAUGAGUGACAUAGAUGCAGAAACAUAAGUAGAUGAAAUUAUGAAAAAAAUAGAUGCAGAUGGUAGUGGUUCAAUAGAUUAUUCUGGUAUUAAUAUAUAAUUAAUCUAUAGAAUUUGUUUAUGCUACUAUAAAUAGAGAAAAAUUAUUAGCUACAGAAAGAUUGCUUUAAGCAUUUAAAAUUAUAGAUAAAGAUAAGAGUGGGGCUAUUACAAAAGAUGAAAUUAAGUAAGCAUUUGGUCAAAACUCUGGAAUCAGUGAAGAAGUUUGGAAAUAAAUGAUUUAAGAAGUAGAUUAGAAUUCUGAUGGAAAAGUAUAAUUUUUAGUAUUAAUUGUAGUUAACAUUUGAGGAGUUUAAAUCCAUGAUGAUGAGGAUAACUUAAAAUUAAAAUUGA